CUGAAAUUUCAUUGCUUUUCUCGAAUUUUCUGCUGCUAUCUUCGUCUCCUCAUCAGAUCUCCGCGCUUUCUGGGGCUGGUUUUGUUCAAAGCUGUUAGCUUUGUUACUGUAUUUUAGGGUUUUGGUUUGGUUCUCAGGGUAUUUGUGGUUGUCUGAUUCUUGGGUCUGCUUUAUUCUUGUAUAAUUCUGCCAUGGACAAGGAUAAAUCUACCAGCCAUGGUGGAGGCUUGCCACCUCCGUCAGGUCGUUUCGCGGGGUUUUCUUCCAGCGGGAAUCCCAACACUUUCAAUGUUAAAUCUGAGCCGCCUUCAUCGCCACUCUGUUUUCCAAUACAGCCGGCUUCAAAUUCUGAAGCUAAACAUUUCUCUCACGGAUCGGAUUCCAAUAGGUUUAGCCAUGAUAUUAGCAAAAUGCCAGAUAAUCCACCAAAGAAUAUAGGUCAUCGCCGUGCCCAUUCGGAAAUUCUCACUCUUCCGGAUGAUAUUAACUUUGAUAGUGAUCUUGGGGUUGUAGGGGUUGCUGAUGGGCCUUCGUUUUCUGAUGAGACCGAGGAGGAUUUGUUUUCCAUGUAUCUUGAUAUGGACAAGUUCAAUUCAUUUUCAGCUACAUCGGUGUUUCAAGUGGGUGAGUCCUCGGCCACGGUGGCGGCUGCCUCCGGACCUGCUGUGCCUGGGGGAGCGGGUACUAGUUCUGGGGAGAAUUUUGCAAGUGGGUCUGCUGAGAAGCCUAGGAUUAGGCACCAACACAGCCAAUCCAUGGAUGGGUCAACAAGUAUUAAGCCUGAAAUGCUUAUAUCUGGUUCUGAAGAGGCGUCCCCGGCUGAUUCGAAGAAAUCCAUGUCAGCUGCCAAGCUUGCUGAGCUUGCUCUUAUUGAUCCCAAGCGCGCUAAGAGGAUCUGGGCAAAUAGGCAAUCAGCUGCAAGGUCAAAGGAAAGGAAGAUGCGGUAUAUAGCUGAGCUUGAAAGGAAAGUGCAGACACUGCAAAGUGAAGCAACAUCUCUCUCUGCUCAAUUGUCUCUUUUGCAGAGAGAUACAAAUGGUCUGAGUGCUGAAAACGGUGAACUGAAACUGCGGGUGCAAGCAAUGGAGCAACAGGUUCACUUGCAAGAUGCAUUAAAUGAUACAUUGAAGGAGGAAAUUCAGCAUCUGAAGUUACUGACGGGCCAAGCUAUACCAAAUGGUGGACCAAUGAUGAGCUAUGCAUCAUUUGGGACUAGCCAGCCAUUCUAUCCAAACAACCAUGCUAUGCAUACGCUUUCAACCACACAGCAGUUUCAGCAGCUUCAGAUUCAUUCGCAGAAGCAGCAGCAUCAGUUCCAACAGCGUCAGCUGCACCAACUUCAGCAACAACAACUACAACAGCAGCAGCAACAGGACCAGCAACAGCAGCAACAACAGUUGCAAACCGGGGAAUUGAAAAUGAGAGGGUCCCUGCCAUCCCCCAAACAGAAAGAUAAUUCAUCUGAUAGAAGCUCAGCUUCAAUGAAGGAUUAAAAGAGUUGUGGUCCUAUGGAGGCAUUGUGGGUCUUUGUCAUGAUUAGAAUCUUAGUCGCAGUCUUUGUCGGAUAGGAUACUUUUACAUUAUCUACUAUCUGUUUAGGUACACCUGCAUAAUAUUCAUUUAAAUAUUUGAUUCUACUUUGAGAUUUUAUCAAUGAGCUUGCCCCUUCUCACCACGUGUCCGUGACCAAAGUGGCUUCUGA